AUGCAGCACAGCGGCCCGGCGCCAGCCGACGACGGGCGAACGGCUUCAUUAACCCGCCGGCUGCACAGCCCCGAGCAGCCACCACACAGCUUGGCACUCCCAGCGUCGAUGCACACCGUUACCCGAGCAUGCAUCAGCCUCCCCUCAGACGCAUACAUCCGGCAUAUCACCAACAGCCUGCGCGGAGAGCUGGGUGCCAAGACCCUGCAGCCGCUGUUUGGACCCGCUGGGCAGCACCGGCUGGGCGAUCGGCAGCUGCCACACGCACAUCGGACACUUCGCGCCCGCGAUGGCGCUGCAGUCAACGGUCCAGCAGGGCGGCUCGGACAUCUCUCAUAA